AUGUUAAAUCAAAAAUGCUUUAGGGUCAAUCUCUUACAAUGCAUGAUACUCUCAUACUCAAUAUAUAACUAAUUUCAAAGUCCUUGUCUCCUCAAUUUGAUACAAUUAAUAAUUAUUAGUUCAAUUACAUUUGUAUUAAUAUUGCUAUAAAAUGUUUUUAAUAAGUUCAUGUUGUAAGGAACUAUCAUAUGCAUAGAAAUAGAUAUGGUUUGCUUAAUAAUAAUGAAUAUACAUAAUUUAGGUAGGAUACCCUUUUCAUAAAUAAUAAUAGCAUAAAUGAUAAUAAAAGACCUAUUUUUGGACUUUAAAUUAGGUUAAAAAGCUCAAUUAUUUGCAUUUUAAGCUAUAAUCUCAAUAUUUUUACUAACAUAUUCAUAUGUGAGAAUAGAAUAGAGAAUAGCCAUAAUUAUUGAUAUCUUUAACAAUAUCUAUAUACUUAAACUCUUAAACAUCAAAGUAGUAAUAACAACAAAUGCCAUAGAUUUUAACAGAAAUAACUAAUACAAAUAAAUAAGAAAUGCUAAAUUCAAAAAGAAAUGUUUCAUAAUUUGAUUUAGAUUAAAAUCCAAUUUCUUUAGGUCAUAGAGAUACAUCAAUUACUGUUGAAAUUAGUAUUUAAGAAACAAGCAUUUAAUGUUUAGAAUUAUUAUAAGAGGGAGUAAUUUUGCUUGUUCCAGAAUCUAGUUCUGCAAAUUUUCCAUAUUCAAUUAAAUAUAUAAACUAGGCUACAAAAAAUUUAUUUAAUAAAGAGACAGAUUAAGAAGUCCUUUAAUUUAUUGAUGGUUUAAAUACAUUUUAAUUAGUAAAUGGGGAACCAAAUGAAGAAUUAACAUUUACUUCUCAGUAUUAAAGAUAACCAUCAUUAUAUCUUUUUAAAUAAACUACAGAAAUUAAAGAAUAGGCAUAAAUAUAGCAAAGAAAUCUGAGUUUAGAUAUAUAAUAGAGUUAAGAUAAAAAUUAAAAAUACAAAAUAAAAUGUAUUAUAGAUAUGUUAUUAAAAUCUAAAAAAUAAGAAUGUAUUGUAGUUUAAACUUAAUUGAAUUCAAAAUUUACAGUUUUUACAAAUUAAUUAAUAUAAACAUCAUAAACAUAUAUUAAUUCAGAAAAUAAUUAAUUAAUAGAACUUACAUUAGCUUUACGUAAAAAUUAAAAUAUCAUCAUAAUUUGUAGGGAUGUUAGUCAUCAACAAAAAAUAAGAUAUUUGAAAGAAUAUGAUAAAUAAAAGUCUAAAAUGCUUUCAUUUGUAAGUCAUGAAUAUCGUUCUCCAUUAAAUUGUAUUAUAUAAAUGUUAGAAUGUGUUCUUAAAUAGAAUAUUGUUAAAAAAGAGCCUAUUAUAAAUGAAUAAUUAUAAAUAGCUUUAGAUAACUCAAAUUAUAUAUUAAAUUUAUCUAAUGAUUUAUUAGAUUUAGCUUAAAUAAAAAAUGGAAAAUUUAAAGUAGAAAAAGUACAUUUUAAUUUAUAAAUAUUAAUUGAAGAAUGUCAAAAAAUGUUUGAAUUGAAAGCUAAAUUAAGAGGAGUUGAAUUAAAUAUAAAUUACAAUACUUUUGUUCCAUAAUCUCUGUAUUCUGAUAGGAAUAGAAUUAAAUAAAUUAUUAUAAAUUUAUUGAGCAAUGCUUUCAAAUUUACUUAAAGUGGAAAAAUAAUAAUAAUUCUUGAGAUGAUCAGUUCAAAUACUCUAAGGAUUGGAGUGAGAGAUGAAGGAAUUGGAAUUUCAGAAGAAGAUUAAUUAAAUUUAUUUAAAGCAUUCUCAAACUUAAUAUAGAUUCAAAAAAUGAAAAGAAUAAUCAUUAUUGCCAUUUUAUAUUUUGAUAUGUAAAUUGAUUUAUUUUUGAAAAAGAAAAUUUUAAGUUAUAGAGUACGUGAAAUAUCAGUAUAGCCUUAAGAAGUUGAUGAAAUUACUAGUAUUUACAAAUUACCUUCAAAUAUAAAAGAAGAUUAAUCAAAAUAAUAAAUUUGUCUUCAUUAUCUGGUAGUUGAUGAUGAUUGUUUUAAUAUCUUUGUAUUUAAAGGAAUGCUAUAAGAAUUGUAUAAAAAUAAAAAAUACUUGUUUUUAAGUGAAUUUGAUAUUGAUUAAGCUUUAUCAGGCAAAGAAUCGAUAGAAAAAAUCAAAUCAAAAUAGUGUGGUAGUACUUGUUAAGGUUAUAAAAUUGUUUUUAUGGAUAUUGAAAUGCCUAUAAUGAAUGGAUAAUAAACAUCUAAAAUUAUCCAGCAAAGCUUUCCAAAUUAAAUUAUUAUUGGUUGUAGUGGUUAUAUAGAUCAAUCAGAAUAUGAAAAAUGUAUCAAUUCUGGAAUGGCUGACUUUUUAGUUAAACCUAUAAAAGAAUUAUCAUUAAUUUAAAUACUAAAAAAGUAUUAAUGAUUAUUUUGAAUUUAUUUUUUUUUUUUUUGCUAUAUAAAUUAUCAUUUCUACAAAUAAGAGAUAUUCUACAUAUAAACAGUUAUUCUUAAAAUUAUUAAUAUAUUUUCAUUAAAUUUAUUAUAUUAGUUAACAGAUUAUUUGAAUUAAUUAAUAUGGACAAAUUGCCUAUUGGUUAUGUUAAAGGGAAAGGAAAUGUAUAUAUGAAUUUUAAUUCUUAAGCCUCUUGAUAAAAAGUACCAAAAAACAAAUAAUAUGAUCAUGUUAAACAAACAUUAAAUACAGGACCAACUGUGAGAGACAUUGAAGUAGUAAGUAAUUCAAAAAUAGCUAAAAAAAGGUCUGAAUUAUUUAAACGUAUCAAGUGUUCAACUGUAUUUAACUUUAUUAGCGUAUAUUUUAUAUAUUAUGAAAGGAAAAUACAGAAUAAGAAACAAUUUAUAAAUUAGCAGAUUAAUAACAAUAAGAAUAAGAUCAAUUUCAACAAUUUGAUACAUAAAGUUAAUACAGUUAAAAGACUAGAUUUACUGAAGUAUCUUAAGUUUCUGCAAUUACAUAUGCUACAGAAUAAUUGGGAAUUACAGAUUAAUCAGAAUUUCUACUUUUAGAUUUGAGAGAUCCAGAUGAAUUUGAACUUUAUCAUAUAAAAGAAGCAAUCAAUUUUCCUGCUCCAAAUCUAAGAUAAGACAAAUUAACUUAAUAAAUUCAUAGAUUUGUAUAUUUAAAUAUUCAUGUAGAAAAACUAAAAAGACAAACAUAUAAUUAUUUAUCAUUUUGAUGAAAAGAAUGGAAUUCCAUCAGCAACACUUUUUGCUGAAAAAGGAUUUGAAAAUGUUUAUCUUUUGAGUGGUGGUAUUGAAAAAUUUCUUUAAAAUUAUCCUUAAGGUGUUAUAGGAAUUAAAGUACCUUCAAUUCCAAAACCUGAAGGUAUGAUAUUUAAAUAUAAUAACAGAAAAUCCUAAUAAAAUUAUCAAAAGGUCUAAUUACAAAGAAACUGAUUCUUAAAUAAAUAAGUCUUGA